AUGGACCCAGCCGAGCAGCACCGCCGACAGCGACCGGCCAGCAAGCGGCCAUCCUCGAGCAUGCGCCGGACGCGGCGCUCAUCGGCCGAGGAAGACCUCAAGCAGCGCCGACUCAGCGGAUGGGCAGUCUUCGGCCCGGCGAUCGAGCAGGACGCCGACGACGCGGCCCACUCGAGACUCCAGGCAGCCUUCUCGAAGCUGCCGAGUACCUUCCGCAGGGACUUCCGGGUGAUCCUCAAGUGCUCGAUCGCCUACCUCAUCGCAUCCCUCUUCUCCUUCUACGACCCGCUCUCAGACCUGCUCGUCCUGCCCUUCGGCCUCGAUGGCCCCUUCUCAGGCGCACACGUCGUCGCCACCAUCGUCACCUACUACCGUCCAGCCGCGACCGUGGGCGGGAUGAUCGAGGCGAAUCACCACGCUAUCUGGGGCCUCUUCUGGCUCGCCGUCAUCAUCGGCGGCUCGAUCCACUUCGGAUACCUCGACUUCAAGAAGAGUCUGAUCUACACCGAAAUCGUCCUGAUCGGCAUGCUGAUCAGCAACCUGACCUGUCUAGGCUUCUGGAAGGGAAGCGCCACGGACAGUCUACAAAAAGACAUCAACACCACCUUAGACUCCUUUGCCACCCUGGUGGGCAUGCUCACCAAGACCUUCCUGCUGGACGAGACGAUCUACACGGACCAGGACCGGCUCAAGCAGGCCAUCGACCGCCACGACCUCUCCUUCACCUCCCUCAAAGGAUCCCUCGACGCCGCCGUCUACGAGUUCUUCGAGCCCCGCAUCCAGCGCUCCCAGCACCAUUACCGCGAACUCGUCGCAUCCAUGAACAGACUCGCUCAGCAUCUCACCGGGCUCAGGAGUGGCUGCACGCUCCAGUACGAGCUCCUCGGCCCCAUCCAUCAUCAUCUGAGAGCCCGUAGGCCUACCCAGCAGGACUCGCCACCACCACCCCCACCCGGCGGCCGGCCGAUCGAGGAUGUCUUUAUGGCCUUCUGCGAGGAAGUCGGUCCGAGCUUGAAGACCCUCAUGGCUACCGGCGCGGCAUGUCUCCAUGGGAUCAAGACCCCCCGGAACAAUCUUCCCGUGGACCUGGAGGCGGCAAGCGACGGGAUCGACAAGAUCGUCCACAUGAGAACACAGCUCGCCCUGGCCAUCCAAGUCUUCCAGGAAAGCCACAACCUCGCCAUGAAAAACCUCUACCAUUCCUUCAUCUCUACCGCUAACCCCGCCGCCAAUCUGCCCUCUUCCUCCAUCCCUCCCCCUUCCCUCGACCAUUCUCAUUCUCAUCAACUUAACGAAGAGAUCUUCGUCAUCUGUUUCUUCUUAUUCAACAUGGAAGAAUUCAUGCGAGAACUAUGCCAUCUCUUGGAUAUUUUUGUGGAUAUUCGGACGGAUGAGGAGCUGAUCCAGUACGAGUCACGACUGCGAUGGCGGAGGCUACGACGGCGACUGGAUCCGCGGACCUGGAUGAAGAAGGGGACGUACGAGUACGCCGAGGGGCGACGGAAGCCGCGGCCGCGGCGGCAGCGGCCAAAGCUGACUGCGGUGUUGCCGCUGAAUCCGAAGGCACAGCGCCCAUUCGGCUCCGGCGAGGCACACAAGCACCAAGACCGCCAAGGCGAGCAGAACGCGUCGGCGAGCGUCUCCAGUCUGGACCGGCCCAAACGGGCACUCUACGACUUCCUGCAGAAGCUCAACGACCCGGACGCGAAGACUGCGAUCAAGAUCGGCGCCGGCGCCGCGCUUAUGACGUUCCCGGCUUUCUGGGACCUCACGAGACCGACGUUCCAUCAUUAUCGGGCCCAGUGGGCCGUCGUCACCUAUAUGAUCGUCAUGGCGUCGACGUUGGGCCAGACGAACUUCCUAGUGAUCACGCGGAUGGUGGGGACGUUGAUAGGCUCGGGCGUGGCGCUGGCCGCACAGUAUGCGUUCUGGCAGGACCCGGUAGUCCUCCCGCUGCUCGGCUUUAUCUUCUCGCUGCCGUGCUUCUGGCUCAUCGUCUCCCAGCCCGCAUACGCCUCGACCGGCCGCUUCCUACUGCUCUCGUACAACCUCGUCUGCCUCUACUCCUUCAACGUCCGCGAUAAAAACGCUAGUAUCCUCGCUACUGCCUACAACCGGAUCGUCUGCGUCUUUGUUGGCGUCUUGUUUGGGUGGGUGAUUAACAGCUUCGUGUGGCCUUACAAAGCACGGCGCGAGCUGCGGAAAUGUCUAUCGGAGUUUCUCCUCGAGUCCGCAUUCCUAUACUCGUUCCUAGUCAAGAAUUACUCGAGCAAGCCGACUGGGGCCGGGGAUGAAGCCGAGGAGACGGGUGCAGCAGAGGGUGAUCCGAAUCUGGCAUCGGAGGCAACUGAGAACUCGGCCUUGUUGCUCGGCAGUCACGCCAAGGCGCAGUUGAAGUCGCGGGUGGAUGAGCUGUCGAAGAUGGAGAUGUUCUUACAAGUGAAGUUGAUCCGGCUAUUUGGCCUGUUAUCGGCGACCCGACACGAGCCGCGGCUGAAGGGCCGAUUCCCGAAAGCGCGCUACCAGACGAUGUUGCAGGGCUGCCAACUGAUGCUCGACAUGCUGCAUUCCUUACGGGCGGUGACGGUGCGGGAGGAGUGGUUCGAGCAGACGGUCCGCGAAGACUUCCUGCUGGCCGCCCGGGACGAGCACCGCGAGCUGGUCGGGAACCUCGUGCUCUUCUUCGGCCUCCUCUCCUCGUCCAUCGAGCUCAAGGCCCCGCUGCCCCCUUAUCUUCCUCCUGCGGCCGAGGCGCGGGCGAGACUGCUGAAGAAGAUCUCCGAUCGACUCGCCGCCGCUCCCGACCACAGCCACCCACACCCAGAAGCGGCGAAGAAGAGCCCACCGGAUGCUCCGCCAUCCGCAGACCAACCACCCCAGCCGGCCCCGCCGCCCCGCCCGCCCAUCCUCGCCCGAUCGACGACCCAGAUGACAAGCAACAACCGGAAGAUCAACUACUCGCUCUUCUUCGCCUUCAUCGUUGCCAUCAAACACAUCCUCAUCCAGCUCGAGCUCGUCGGGGCUGAGGCCCAGUCGCUGUUCGGGAUCAUCGGCGGGAUCCGGACGCUGUCAGAGUUCGAGGAAAUCUUCAACUCGCUCUGA